UAGUGUGUAGUGUCUGAGGCUGAGCAUGCUGCAGCAUCACAUGUUGGGGGGAUUCUGGGAUUGAUGAGGCUGAUCGCAUCUGAGGAGACGAUGCGUUGACAGUCCUCAGGGAGACACCGGGACGCGCGUGCACAUCGGCGAGUAAACGCGCACGCUAAAAAAAAACACUGGCGUAGAAUUCCCACAGUGGAUAUGAUUCUCUCCUAAACUAUGGCACCGUCAGGUUCACGUAAUGUCAAACGGGGCUGCAAAAGAGUUUUCUACUGGAUUCCGGUCCUAUUCAUCGCACUCAUAGUGGCUUGGUCGUACUACGCCUUCGUUGUGCAGCUUUGUUUGGUUUCAAUUGAAGACAUGUGGGAAAAGGUUGUCUAUUUAAUGGUGUACCACGUGAUCUUCAUCAUGUUUAUUUGGGCUUACUGGCAAACCAUCUUCACCAAGCCCAUGAACCCUUUGAGGGAGUUCUGCCUGUCCUAUUCGGACAAGGAGCUGCUGGAGCGUGAAGACCGGGGCGAGUCUCAGCAGGAGAUCCUGAGGAGAAUAGCUAAGGAGUUGCCAAUCUACACACGCACCAACUCUGGAGCCAUCCGUUUCUGUGACCGCUGCCAGCUGCUGAAGCCUGAUCGAUGUCACCAUUGUUCAGUUUGUGAUAAAUGUAUCUUAAAAAUGGAUCACCACUGUCCCUGGGUGAACAAUUGUGUGGGAUUCUCCAACUACAAGUCGUUCAUGCUGUUUUUGGCGUAUUCCCUACUUUACUGCCUUUUUAUAACUGCGACAGACCUUCAAUACUUCAUUAAGUUUUGGAUGGCUGGGGGUAAAGCCCAUUUCCGUCUGAAAGAAUACCUGAAUGGCUUUCCAGACACUCAGGCCAAGUUCCACAUUCUCUUCCUCUUCUUCUCUGCCUCCAUGUUCUCAGUCAGCCUCGCUUCGCUUUUCGUCUAUCACUGCUGGCUUGUCUUCAAGAAUAGAUCCACCCUCGAGGCUGUUCGUGCACCAGUGUUUCGUCAUGGCACAGACAAGAACGGAUUCAGUCUGGGCUCCAGUAAGAACUUCCGCCAAGUAUUUGGUGAUGAAGCCAAAUACUGGCCUUUUCCAAUUUUCUCCAGUUUAGGGGAUGGAUGCUCAUUCCCAACAUGCCUGGUGAAUAUUGACCCUGAGCAACAGUAUUCGCCCACCAGCCACAACGCCGCACCAAAGGGUAAAACAGACAGCUGCCACUUCCCCUUCAAGCCAAUGAGGGAGAGUCAAAGUCGACUGCUCAGCAGUACCACCUCUUGGACUGAAAGCGACAUUGCAGCAGAUGACAAAAAUGGCACUAAUAACCCGCUGAUGACUACAGAAAAUGAGGCGUAGGGACACGGAUCUCCUCUUGACAAGUGCCCAUGCUGCUCCCAUUUCAGUGGGUUGUGUCGCGAUGGUGACGUCACCGGUGUCUACUGUAGUAUUUCCCUGACAUCCAAACAUGGAGCGUGAACUCGAAUGUUGGCGGCAUGGCCUGAUGCUGUCAGGAAGGUUCAUUAUAGUCAAGUGUGAUCCUUCCCAAUUUGCAUUCCAGUGAUCUCAAUGUCUUUUUUUUAUAUAUGUGAGAAAAAAGAGAUGUGGAAGGGCUGUGUAGUUGUGUCUCUUGUGCUGGUUAUUCAUUGAGUGGAAUAUGCCUAAGCUACAGUACAGUAUGCAUUUCUAAGCUUGCCAAAUGUUUGCACAUCAAAAGUAAAUUAUUGUGUUCAUUUGGUGGUGGCAGCAGGAGCGAGAACUUUUGCAUGCUUCAUCUCAGGAUAUCAAGACAAAUGUAUCUUCGUGGUUACGUGUACUACGGGAAACAACAUGACCUAGUAAAUAGGCAUGAAAAGUAAAAAUAAGGGCUAUAGUCUGAUUUGUUGUAAUAUGGAUGGAAUAUGUGCCUGGAGUAGGGGAUUAUCGGGGUUUGUUGUCACGUUGCAAUUAUUUUCUCCACCAGAGGAUGCAACUAUAAAGUGGGAUAUUUGUUUUCUUCCUUUUAUAUAUGUGGUCAGUAGUCGACGUGUCAUGUCCAAGAAGACAAUAGCACGUUGUGAGUUGAGAUGUGCAGUAAUGUUAACCAUUUUGCACGACCCCACACCCCCAAAAAAUAAAAAAAUAAGUGAAUUUAAUGUAUUUUGAAGAAGGAAAAAAAACAUCUUCCAGAUUAUUGAUUUAAACUACCGGUACCUUAAAACCAGAGCUCGGAAUGGCAAACAUGAUAGUUUGGGGCAACAUGUCGGUGGUCGACUGGUUAGCCCGCCCGCCUCACAGUGGUCACAGGUCAUGGGUUCAGUUCUGGGCACUGGAGUUCCUGAAGAAUUAAAUUAGCAUUUUCUUACCAGGACCAGAGUGGGUUUUCUCCGGGUACCCCAGUUUCCACCCACAUUUCAAAAACGUGGACAGUAGGUUAAGUGAUCACUCUAAAUUGUUCCUAGGUGUGAUUAUCAGUGUGAAUGUUGGUUGUUUUGUCCCUUUUUAUGAGUUGCAAAAUCCAGUGUUACAUCUUACCCCAUGUAGUGGGACAAUUUACCUGAUGGUGGGGCAUCAUGUCACAUGUUCUCACUCUCUCUUUGAGUCCUUGUAACUCUGCACUGACGAAAAUGGAAACAAAAGGUAUAGCUGAAACUGUGGUCUUUCUGGUAAACAUUUGGUUUAUAUAUGAUGGAGUGAUUCCAACAACCAUCAAAAAGUGUAAAAAGUGUGACAUCAGGCCCUGGUCUCCCCUACCCGACUUCGCCCGCGAGUCUGGAUUUAUGUUGUCAAAGUCAAGGCACAGAGGCCAAAUCCGACCACCACAUGACAUCAGUUUUUGUGGCCGACAAAAGCUAACCAAGUGUCCACUUCAUAUUUCUUGAUCAGUGAUGUUGUUCAUUUCAUUUUUGCAGAGAAUAUGCACCAAAUUUGAAUGUUGUCUUCACUUUCUACAGAUAUGAUGCAUUUUCUUUCACCGAACCCCUUAUCAUAAAUUGAACAUUUGUAUUUGGUUGUUAUUAUUUUCCAUGUCUUCUGAGUACCAGUUAUUUGGUAAAUAUAUACCAUUAAAAUGAAGGGGCACUUGUGUAUGUUACAAGACAACGGCUCUCCGAGGGAAACCAUAACCACAAUAUUGUCUUUGAUAAAAUGAGUCGACAAUCUGCCCAAAUGUGUUGACUGUUGGUAAAUAGAGGGGUAGUAGCAAUAUGUUUUCAUACUAAACUGCAUUCGAAAACUGUC